AUGAAUGAAGAUUUCUGCGAGCUGCAAUGCUACAUGGAGCCAAACUGUGUCAGUUAUAAUUUUGACGAGAAGGAAGAUGCAAAUGGACAAAACAAGUGUGAUCUGAAUAACGCUACUUAUGAACACGACAACGAACAUUCAUGCGACCUCGCAAAGAGCGAAAGUUAUGUGUAUCGCGGAGCCGAGGUAAGCAUGAAAUUAAAAGUUGAAAAUAUCGAUGAGUGUACAAACGGAACACACAACUGUGAUGUUAAUGCUGUGUGUAACAAUACACUGGGAUCCUAUAACUGCAAAUGCAAAGAUGGAUUUUAUGGGGACGGAAAAAGUUGCAGUCUCUUUGCGACAGGAUCUUACAGCUGCACGUGCCGAGAGGGAUUUUAUGGAAAUGGAGUAAACUGCUCUGAUAUCGACGAGUGUACCAACGGAACACACAACUGUGAUAUUAAUGCUGUGUGUAAGAACACCCAGGGAUCCUAUUACUGCACGUGCAAAGAUGGGUUUUAUGGGGACGGAGAAAGUUGCAGUCCCUUUGCGGCAGCGGGUCUUAACUACUCAAGCAUUUUGGGAAACAAUCAGACUUUCUUGGCGUGGCUCGAUAAAUGGUUGAAGCCUGUGACUAACCAAUUAUCUUACUGGAAUCACUGCUACCAGGCGACUGUCAAUGGCUGGUCUUCCUCUACCUUCCAUUCAAACUGUGACGGCAAAGGUCCAUCUGUCACAAUCAUCCGUGUUGGGAAAUAUAUCUUUGGAGGAUACACAAGGCAGUCAUGGGGUAGUGUCCCGAGCAGUAAUUGUCAGGAUUGGUACGAUCCAGCGGCCUUUCUCUUCUCUUUGGUUAACAAGCCUGACUGGCAACCACUAAAGCUAAGUCAAACAGGAAGGUAUGCCCAUUAUAAAUGCUGUUCCAUCCAUAGAUGUCCUUCGCAUGGACCGACAUUUGGAUACAGCCACGAUAUUAAAAUUGCCCACAACGCUGCAUCAAACACCUACUCUCACACAGACCUUGGAUACACGUACAGCCCGCCACCUGGCAACAGCUAUGGAUCCCCCUUCACAAGAUCAUUCCUGGCGGGUAGUGCUUACUUCUUCCGCCCUGACGAGAUCGAGGUCUUCUAUGAAACUACCUGAAUGAAUUUCGAAGCUCGUAGUUUUAGUUUUACAGACUCUGCUCAGUAAAAUUAAAAUUUUUGCAAGGCUAUUAAGGUAUCCUUGUACAGUACACAAACUGUUGGUAAUUUAUAAAAGUGCAAAUUUCAAUAUUACCGAUGAUAUUUCAAUCAAUAGGUUACAACCACAUCAAAUAGUCACGUAUCUUUAGCCUGAGACUAUCAGUUUACUUUGAGCUUACUUCUUUAAUAAUUCUCGUUAAAGGUUGGUUUUGUGGCUCAACGUCAAAGUAAGCCGUAACGUUAGCCGAGCUAAUGACUUCGGCGGGAAAUUUUGAUUUAAAAUUGUUCAGUCGCUAAAACAAC